AUGUCUGCGGUGAGCGGUACAUUUCGAGGCACGCCCAGCAGGCGCGGCCAAAUCCCAUUCGCAGACAGCCCGUCAGGAAUUCCCAGACCCAAGUUGGAGUCCUCGAGCGGUGCCGCACCGAGCGAGAUGUCUGGAACUUCAACCAUGUCCGCCAGUCGGCAGAAGCAGAGCAAGAGAGAUGAGGCCAUCCGACGAAAGAUGGAAGCAGAUCUCAGCAAGAAGAAACACGUCCCUGCUCGAGCUCGACAUACUCGAAAAGCACCUCCUGGUACGGUCUUGGCCCUCAAGCCCAGCCAGGCUCUACAGAUUAAGCCCAGCACCACCGUCGCCGAGGCUGCUCAAUUAAUGGCUGCAAAAAGAGAAGAUUGUGUUCUGGUGACCGACGACGACGAUAGAAUCGCUGGCAUUUUCACGGCCAAGGAUCUUGCCUUCCGUGUCGUCGGAGCCGGCAUCAAAGCGAGUCAAGUCACCAUUGAACAAAUCAUGACCAAGAAUCCCCUCUGUGCAAGAACCGAUACGAGUGCGACCGAUGCGUUGGAUUUGAUGGUCAGGAAGGGGUUUCGACAUCUUCCCGUGAUGGAUGAAAAUCAAGACAUUUCUGGAAUUCUGGAUAUCACCAAAUGCUUUUACGAAGCCAUGGAAAAGUUGGAACGCGCAUACAGCUCCUCCCGUAAAUUGUAUGAUGCCCUCGAAGGUGUGCAAUCCGAACUCGGCUCCAGCCAGCCACAACAAAUUAUACAGUAUGUCGAAGCCCUGAGACAGAAGAUGUCCGGUCCCACGCUGGAAUCGGUCUUGAAUGGACUUCCUCCGACAACUGUCUCGGUCCGGACGUCCGUGAAAGAGGCGGCUCAACUCAUGAAAGAAAACCAUACAACGGCGGUCUUGGUGCAAGACCAAGGAUCGAUCACGGGUAUUUUUACUAGCAAGGACGUGGUUUUGCGUGUUAUUGCACCGGGCCUGGAUCCAUCAAAUUGCAGCGUGGUUAGAGUGAUGACACCCCAUCCUGACUUUGCUCCUACGGAUAUGAGUAUUCAAGCGGCUCUGCGAAAAAUGCAUGAUGGACACUAUCUAAAUCUGCCGGUCAUGAACGAGACUGGCGAAAUUGUUGGUAUGGUUGAUGUUUUGAAAUUGACAUAUGCUACGCUCGAACAAAUUAAUACGAUGAAUUCCGGGGAGUCCGAAGGUCCUGCUUGGAACAAAUUCUGGUUGUCCAUGGACAAUGAUACCGAAUCUGUGAUGUCCGGUGAAGGUUCCCAUCGCCCAACAACUCCUGGACACCGAUCCGUCAUGGAGUCGGAACCUGCUCGAAUAGGCUUGGAGAGAGGCGACAGUGUCAUGCCACAUGACUCAGCCUCACAUCAUGGGGAAGAUGCCCACUCGGAGGUCCUACCAUCAAUCGAAGCCCCGGAAGACACUCCUUUCCCAUUUAAGUUCAAAGCUCCCAGUGGUCGUGUUCAUCGAGUCCAAGUUCUCGCUCGCAACGGAGUGACUGAACUCGUCAAUCUCGUCACUUCCAAACUUGGCUCAGAGGUCGACGCGGUUGGGGGUGAAGCAGCUAUCGAAGAGGGUAAAUUGGGUAAGGUUGGUUAUGCAUUGAGUUAUAUGGACGACGAAGGCGACACGGUAUCAAUCACCACUGAUCAGGAUCUUCUGGAUGCAAUCCUCCUUGCACGACGAGGCAAACGAGACAAAGUGGAUUUGUUUGUGCACGACCCUGCUCAGCCACCGGUAAUUGCGAGUCUUGAGCCCAGACCCCAGCCAUCGAAGCCUCCGACACCACCAGAAUCUAUUCUGAAAGAGGCGCCGGCGACAGAAGACGCCGACAACGAAGAAGAUGAGGAGCCCGUGCCGGCCAAGACUGUCAGAUCAAGGCGUCAUCCAGUCACAUCGGUCGCUCAGCCCAAGGAAGAGCAACAAGUCAUCGCCGGUGUUCCGAACGAUUUACUCCUCCCCGGUGCAAUCGUUACCCUUGCUGUUGUGAUUGUGGGCGUUUUUGCCAUAGCUCGCGCCACCGCGAAAUGA